AUGGACAUCCCUGCGCAGCCCUUAGCAUGGGGACAGACCUCUGGUUCCCUGAUAGCUACAAAAGAGGAAUCCGAUGUUGACACACCUUCCAUCAAAGAGGCAUCCGAUGUUGAUACACCUCCCAUCACAUCUGUGGGGCAAACUGAUGGCAAAGGGGUUGUGGCCAAAGAAAAUGCCGUUGCCAAGACUGUGGAAAAAGGCCCAGAGGCCAACACAGGCCAUGCCAGUGGAUUUUAUGGCCACCCCUUUGAAGCCCCUGAGCCGUUCGAUGGUAUCUUUUUGGUUGGUGAUCAAAAAGCCCCAGCUCCGAAGGUUGGUGAACAUGACUUGUCUCCAGCUGCCAUCCGACAGCGGGCCGCCCGCAUAUUUACCCCCAGGGUAGAUGGAACGUUGAAGGAGACGUUCAUUGCCGAAGUUGAAGUGCUACGCGAGGAGAUGAGGGAAACAGAGGUGGUUGUGGAAGGGGAAUUUGCCACUGAAGCUCAAAUGGCAGAGUGGGGAUUCUCUGAGCAGCGGAUUGCAGCAGUCAAAGCCCAUUGCAAGACCAACCCGACCAAGCUUCUGAGGACAGCUAUCGCCAAGCGUAUCAAGAAGGUCGAAGAGCUCAAAGGCAAGUUUCAAGGUGAUGAUUUGACGGAGAUGCAGAAACGGCUCCAAACAGCGAUCUCCGACAUCGGGGAUUCCUUGGAAGGGAUUCACAAAGAGAUUUCCGAUGAGUACUCCACGGGGGUGAUCAAAGGGUAUCCAAAAGUGUCCCUUGGAGAAAUGGCUGCUGACUCCUUGUCCCUGGAGCACCGUUCGAGGUCCCAGCAGCAUCUCUUCGGAAAUACCGUGCCGAAGCCAGAAAAGAGGCAGAACUUGGAACAAUUUUGGACCUGCUACAAAGCCAUUGACCCUGCACAUGCUUUCUUUCAGGUCACCAAUCUCAAGCACAAUAGCUUCCUGACAAAAUUUGUCUUGGGAGUUCUCCCCAACAAGUACUACAAGAGCACUGGUGUACUGGUUCUGGCACAUGCGUGUCUUUGUGAAACUCAAGACGAGCGGCAAAAAGCAGCUUUGGAGACCAUCAUCAAAGCAGCCACCUGGGUGCAGGGGUGGGAGCGCAUUGUCUAUGGCCAUGGCCUUUGUCUUACAAAGACUUGUGGGGCCGUGCUUUACGAAUAUUUCCAUGAUUUCAUCCAAGCGUACAACAAGUUGGCGCACGUGUGCUUGUAUAGCUUCAGAGUUCCAGGUUUUGCAAUGAAGGCCAAAUUGCACAUGCUGACGCAUACGAAGUAUGAGUUGUACUGCCAGCUCACGGAUCCAGAUACCAUUUGGAUUUUGAAUCCAGCUAUCUGGAGCUGUGACAUGUGUGAGGCCAGCACCCAGAGUUGCGGUGCACUGGUGGCGGCCGAGGGAAAGGGACAUGAGUGGCAGAAAGCCUUGCGGCAUUUUUGGAUCGCAAGGAAACACGGUCCCGAGCCCAACAUCUUAUUGGUCAACGCUGCGCUCAACGCGCUGCGGCGGCACCGCCACGGCUGGCACCACGGCACCGCGCUGCUGGGCUGGGCAGGGCACAAUGGGCUGCAGCGGAACGAGGUCUCCAUUGGAGCCGUCUCCAGCGCCCUGCCUUUCUGGCAAAACUCCUUGGAUUGGCUCAUCUUUGCGACGACCAAUGAGGUGGUGCUCGGACAAAGUGCCGACUCGAUGUCGAAGGCGACGCAAUGGGAAGAAUCUUUGCGUCUGGAGCAAUGGCACAGAUUUCAAGGCGCUGUGGAAAAUCCACCAGAAAUUCAUGGUGAAUUUGCCCCCAUUGGCACAUAGAGUAAGGGACACCCAGUUCUAC